AUGGUUGCUAAUUGGAAACCUGUUUAGUGUAAUUCUGUCUUGGAAGCAAUCUUUACUUAAAAUGGAGCUUUAAAGUCUGAAUAUGAAAACAAAUUCUUCUAGGAGCCCAGCAAUGUUAUGCUAAAUAAACUAAAUAAAGUUGAAAUUGAUGGAGAAAGUGUUGAUGUCUACAUAGUCAAAGCUAACAAGAGUAACCAAAAAUACUUAAAUUAUGAAGGUGAAACCAAAUAUAUAUACUGA